AUUAACUUAUUACUAACUAGUUAACUACAUCUUCUGACUCACGUAAUGGCGGAAAGAUAUCAUAAAAUGAUAAUAUUCUAGUGAAAUGAAGCUUUGUUUGCUCUGAGAGUGCUAAAAUAUCAUUUGGGUAUCAAUAAAUAUAUACCGCAAGUGUUUGACAUAAAACUAUUUGACAUAUUUAAUUUUUAAAAAGGACGCCAUAGUUUACAUUUUUAUUUUUUAAUUUCUUAUUUUUAAUUAAAAAAAAACAAACGUCACUAUUCCAACAACAACUUUGUGGUUCUAGUGUUAGCUAGGUUUAUUAUUUACAAACACUUAUUAAUUCUUGUUUAUUAUAGUUUAAACAAGUAAAGGAAGAAGAAAUACGAAUCCAAAUACUAGAUAUUAUGUCUCGUCAAGUGAGGGAAGUGAACGUUAUCCCUUUAACAAAAAUAAAGCAAGAAAAAUUGUCUGAAGAUGAGGAUGAAGAUACAGUGUCAUGUAAGGCCUGCAGUAAGACGUUCGUGUCUGAGACGGCGCUGCAGAACCACGCUAGGAUAGAGCAUAUAGACAGAUACCUCCUCGGAGAGGACUUGUGUGUCAAACAAUAUGUUAAAACGAAACGGAAGUACAGCGUACAAGAGCAAGAAGCAAUGAAACGAAGGACCGAGGAACUGAUAUCAUCCAUGGAGCCCACAAAUCUGAUGAGUCUAGCGUCUAACGAUGUCAGCUACAUCAUCAUAAAGUCGGACGGCCAGCCGGAAAUAAAGAGAUUCAAGAAGGAAAAGAUCGAGAGAGAUAAACCUGUGAGGGACAUGAGACAAGUCAAGAAGGAUAAGGAGGUUCAGGCGAUCAGCGGUCCGUUCGAGUGUCUCCAGCCAUCCACUCGCGCUCCUUCCGGUCUCUGUCACCAGAUGUUCCUCUCGUGCUGUCAAUACUCCGCCCACUGGCGGGACGAACACACGCGCCGGAGGAAGGGGCUCCGCUGCCAGGUCUGCGAGAAGCCCCUCGCUCACACCCUGGAGCCCUACGUGUGUCAGGUGUGCGGAAUUGGCUUUGACAACGCCAAAGACCUAAGCUUCCACAGCCAGACCAGCCAUAUCAAACUGAAACCAUUCGAAUGCACCGUCUGCCACAAGAGGUUCACACAGCAGGCGGGGGUCAACCAGCAUAUGAGGAUGCACACCGGAGACAGGCCGUUCACCUGCUCAUUCUGCUCCAAGACCUUCACCCAGAAGUCCGGCCUCGACCAGCACCUGCGGAUACACACCAAAAUAAAACCGUACAGGUGUGUUAUAUGCAGCAAAGCUUUCUGCCAGUCGGUACACCUACAACAGCAUAUGAGGACACACACGAAUGUGGCUCCCUUCCAGUGCGGUAUAUGCCAGAAGCGAUUCAAGCAGAGCAGCCAUCUCAAUUAUCACCUGAAAUAUCACAACUUAAACAUGACCGAUGAACAGAAGCAGAGAUACGACGAGCUGAUGAUGAUGAUGGGCAAGCCACAGGUGAAGGCCGACCAAGUUAGCUACGGCUUGGUGAACGGGGUCAGUGACAACCAGUGAGACAGCUGUUAAGUGACCGAGAAUGAGUGACAACAGUCGUUUGAGUGAAGUCAUAGAAUUAUAUGUGUACAUAUUAAUUUAGUCUAAAUUAGCAUAAUGUUAAUGUAUGUUCUUCCAUUAAUAUUAAAUUAUUUAAGUGCAGACAGUUCCAGUACAACGAAUAUGUAUGUGUGAUUAAAAUUUUUACCGCUGAAUACUUUGAGUGCGCCCUCGAUGGGAAUAUCUCCGGGGAUAGUGAUAUAGAUAUUAACGGAAAUAUUGGCGGUACAUAGUUGUUAAGCAAUUUAAACUCAGUUAGUUCAGUUUGCGAGUUAAGUUACAUACAUACAUACAUAUAAUGAAUUUUAUUUAAAAAAAUAUUACUUACUAUUAUUGUAAUGACUCAUUUAAUAUAUAUAUAUAUAUAUAUAUAUAUAUAUAUAUAUAUUAAUAUAUAUAUAUAUAUAUAUAUAUAUAUUAACUAUUACUAAAUGAACAUAUCAAAAAACAAGUAUUAUAAAAAUAUGACUUUGUCACACUAAGCGCACAACAGCUCAGUUGUUGAAACGGCCGGGAUCCCACAUCCUUGCAGUCGUAGGUUCGACUCCAGAUAGUGUUCAUGAAUUAUUCUCUUUUUCCAUUAUUUAUAUAAAUACAAACAUGUCGACUGUUCAAUGUGACUGAUAUGUUGAGGGUAGCUUUAAAAGUAGGGUAUUUUGUAGGUAGAAUUCAAUUUUUACACCUCCCAUAUACAUAACAGUUGUUAAUGCAAUAUAUUAGUUCCUUGUAAAAAGAAUGAAGAAGUUUUAAUAAAUAUUUAAAAUAAAA